CACAACCAAUCACGUUGAGGGAGAUGUGAAAAUUGUUGAUGUUUACAUUCGAUGCUGAAAUCGACAAAACAAAGACUAAAAGUGUAGUGCUCUUGACUCGUGUGUUGAUAUCGUUAUCAAAUGAUCAUGUAAAAGUGCAUUUUUUAAAAAAAUUAUUUUUUGUUGAUCAAUAUUAAUCUGCAUUAUGGCAGAAGCACGUAUUGCUGUGGCAGAACCCAGGGUAAAUACCAUCGAUGAAAUAGCAGCUCCUGAAUCUUACAAAGAAAUUUUCAAAACUGUAAGAAGCACUGUAACAAAGAGAUAUUAUAAAGUGAGAAAUUUAAUCUACAACGGAGUGUGGCCAGCUUCUCUAUCCAAUGUCAGAAUAACAGUCUUCACUUGUCUUCUGUUAAUGAUUAUUGAACCUCAUAUAACAUUACCUAUAAACACAUUUUUAUGGAAUAUUGCUCAUAUUUUGCAUAUUCCAAAAGGCUUACCUCGUACUCUUCAAGCUCUUAUUGUUUCAAGCAUAAUUGGGAUUUUUGCAUUUAUAUUUUUAAUGAUACUAAGACAAAGUUUCCUGAGGCUCCUAUUAUCUUACAGAGGAUGGAUGUAUGAAAAUCCUCGUAGUCAUACAAUAGCAACAACUCUGUGGUGCGGAGCUGUGAAACUCCUCAGUGGUUAUAAGCCAUCUCUUUACAGUUGCCAAAGAUCUUUGCCUAGGUUGCCAGUACCUCCUGUUAAAGACACACUGAAUAGGCUUUAUGAAUCACUAAAACCUCUCUGUACUGAUGAAGAAUUAAAGGAAAUUCAACAAAAAGGAAAGGAGUUUGAAAAUACCUUGGCCCAUAAGUUGCAAAAUAUAUUGCUUCUGAAGUCGUGGUUUUGUCAGAAUUAUGUAAGUGACUGGUGGGAGAAAUAUGCCUAUCUAAUGAGCAGGAGCCCCCUUCCAAAUAAUAGUAAUUAUUAUUGCUGUGAUGAAUGCUACUGGACUCCUACAGAUAAACAAGUGUCACGGACUGCAUCAUUAAUUUAUGGUCUUUGUUCCUUCAAAAGACUAAUUGACCGAGAAGAACUUGAACCUCUUGUAAUUCGAAAUACAAUUCCUAUAUGUAUGGCUCAGUAUGAGAAACUGCUAGGAACUGUAAGAAUUCCUGGUGAAAAUAAUGACACUAUUCUACACACUGAAGAUUCAAAGCAUAUCAUUGUUAUUGUGAAAGGAAUAUAUUAUAAACUUGAAGUUUUUGAUUCCAAAAAUCAAAUUUUGGCUCCUACAACAUUAGAAGAGCAACUCAAUUGGAUUGUGAAAGAUGCUGAGAAACAAUCAGAGUCAUAUUCUGAAGCUGAAAAAUCUAUUGCUGCUCUAACUGCUUUAAAAAGAAGUCAAUGGGCGACUAUACGAAAAAGUCAUUUGAGUUCAGGAGUGAAUAGAGAUAGUCGAAGAGCAGUUGAAAAAGCAAUUUUCUGUGUGACGCUUACAGAUUAUUCUCCAAGCACUUUAAGUGAGAAAGGAAAAUUUCUUCUUCAUGGAGAUGGAAAGUGCAUUUGGUUUGAUAAAUCUUGCAAUUUGAUAGUUUUUGGCAAUGCUGGAACAGGUCUGAAUUGUGAACACACCAUAGCUGAUGCCCCUGCUAUGGCUCAUAUGUGGGAAUAUAUCCUAUCUAGAGAGGUUCUAGAAAAGUUGUUUGAUGAGAAUGGUUAUUGUAUGCCAUUUAGCAGAGUUUUUAAACAAGCUAAAUUAAAAGCUCCUUAUCGAUUGAUAUGGGAAAUAUCUCCUGAAUUAAAGACUUGUAUUGAAGAAGCUGUAUCUUUUUCUAUCACUAAUAAUAAUGAUUUGGAUUUAAUAGUUAUGGAUCACAAUGAAUUUGGAAAAGGUGCUAUCAAAAAAUGUAAGACUUCUCCUGAUGCCUUUGUACAGUUAGCCCUGCAAUUGGCCUAUUACAAGGAUGCUAAAAGAUUUGUACAAACUUAUGAGGCAUCAAUGACUAGAUUAUAUCAAGGAGGGAGAACUGAAACUGUAAGAUCUUGCACCAUGGAAGCAAAGGAAUUUGUUUUGAGUAUGCAGCAAAAAGAUUGCCCUGCAGAAAAGAAGAGGUCAUUAUUGCAAAAAGCAGCUUUAAAGCACCAGAAUAUGUACAGAGAUGCAAUGAAUGGACGAGGCAUUGACAGACAUUUAUUUGCUCUUUAUGUCGCUUGCAAGGGAUUGGGUUAUGAAAGUGACUUUUUGUAUAAAACCAUCACUCGUCCGUGGACUUUAUCUACUAGUCAAACACCCCAUACUCAAUUGACUGCAUUACCUGAUGCAAAUUUGCACAUAUUUAAUGACAAAGUUUGUACUGGCGGUGGAUUCGGACCUGUGUCAGAUGAUGGUUAUGGGGUGUCUUACAUAUUUCCUUCAGAUCAGCGCAUAUUUUUCCACAUCUCGUCGAAACAUGCCUGUCCCCAGACAAGUUCACAGAGAUUUUAUCAUUUGUUAUCUGAGAGCAUGGUAGAGAUGCUUCAGCUCUUCGAUGAGAAAUGACAAUUUGGACUGUAAUGCGUCUAUUUAUGCCUUCUUCGUGCUUGUUCCUUAUGUAAUUUUUUAAACUAAGUGUUAUCAUUCCAAAGUAUUUACUUAUAUCUAGAACUAUUUUUGGUGUUACUUUUUAAUGCCUGGGAAGGUUCUAUGUGAAAAGAUAUGGAUUCUGAAUCAGAAAUGCAUUAGUGGUGAUUGUGGAAAUGGAUAGUUUUGUGUGGAUUUUGUUCUCAGAGAGAAAAGUUUGUGUAAAGUAAAAAUUUAAGAAGUGCAGUCUUGUUAUGUUUUAUGUACAUAAAAUAAAAUGAAGUUAAUGUAAAAUAAUAAAAAAAUUAAAUUCAUAAAAUGAAUUGAACUGAACUAUGUGUAUUUUUUUUAACUUAAUGUACCUAAUAAAAGUAAGCCAAACAACUAUAAAAAAUUGCUUUUGAAAAUGCAGUCAAAUAUGCAUUACUUAGUUUUUUUUCCUUCCAAAACUGUUAAUGAAAAAGAAUUUGUCCAAACAAGUUUUUGACAACUCUAAUUUCAUAGAAUGCCAACCAAAUUUUGUUUUGAAUAUUUAUAUACUAUGUACUAUUUUAUUCAAAUUAUUAUAGGUAUUUUUCAAAACAAAAAUCAUAAUAAAUUUUAAAUAUUAAUUUUAAGUGAGAAUAUUGACAUUAAAUCUAAGUCUAAAGCAAACCAUUAAGUUUGACUGGUAUUCCUUUUGCUACUGGUAUAUAUAUUUUUUACUGAUUUUUAUGCCACAUUUGAUUACAGUUUAUUCUUUUCAAUGCAUGCAAUUAUUCUCCUGUUUUUAUGUAUUUUGUCUAAUGUGCUUUAUUUACAUUGUUUUUUAAUUUAGUCGACAUAGCACAAAGUAUACCCUAUCCUUUUGGAUUCACCUUUAUUUUUUAGAAUUCAUUGGUGGUGUUAUUUUUUUCUUUAAGGUUUUUAGCUUUCUUUUUUCUUUGUUUUGUUUUUUUUUAUACAUUUCUUUCUUUACUUAAGUAUUAGUUACAAAAACUGUUUGUUUAAAAAUACUUAUUUUUAGUGUUAAAUAUAAAUCUGUUCUUAUGAAAUAAUGUGCCAUUUAAGUUUGCCUACCCUAGUUCCAAUUAAAUUAAGUACUCUCAGUUUCAGUAGUUUUCUUUUUGUAGUUUCCAACAAUAUUUGAUGCGUUUUAUUAAAAAAUAAUGAAUGAUUAAAGCAACCCAAAGGAUUGAAUUGUAAUUGUUACAUUUUUAUGGGCCAUUAUGCAGUAAUGCUUUAUAUACAAAAUGCUUUAAAUUUUUCUGUGACUUCUUUUCUUAUGAUUCUUUUUUUCGUAUUUCGUUCAAGCUUAAAUGCUAUAGAUUUAAUUAAAAAAAAUAUUUUUCUAAAACUUAUUUCUUAAUAAAAAUUAUUUUAUCUGACAGCGAAUUUAAUUGCGUGAAACUUUUCUAAAACCAUCUAUUUAUGUUCCUGAUUUUCUCCUAAUAAAACAGAAUUUAACGUCUUCUUUAAGUUUAAGUUUGAUUUCAAGCGUAAUUCUAUUAAUAAAAAAAACUUGGAAAGGAGCAUUAUAUUUAAUUUAAUUUAUAUUGUCAUUCAAUUAAAACACUAAAAAAUAUGAAGAUUAAAAGAAAGAUGAAAAGAAACCGAAGGAAACAAACCUAAUUUGAAUAAGAGAUUGUUUAAAUAAUUAGGGUUGCUAAUUAGUGAUAUAAUAGCAAAUUUGAUUAUAAAUGAAACUUCGUUAAUCCAUCAAUCAAUGUUUCCGAUUUUUUUUUGAUAAAAAAAAACAUUCAUAAUUAAUUGAACUCUUAACACUUCCUAAAAGUAAUAUAAUUCACACAACACCUUUUAGAUUGUACUAACACUUUCCACCUCAAGACUAAAAUUUGAUUGACUGAAACAUAGUAUUACAGGUAGCGAUUAAACAAAAAGCAAUGUCGGCAAUUCAUUUGAUUUUAAUGAAAAAAUCAGAUAAAAAUCUACAGUACCAAUAGAAAUGCUAGCAAAUAAGAAAUAAUUAAAGUAGAAUAUUUCUUUACACAUUAUGCAGAGAUGGUACAAAAUUGAUAUCAUUUAUUUAAGAAUUAGCAAAAGUAUUAGAAUUAACAAUUCUGGAGUUGCCAUAUUCACCUUCAAAGGUUUUACAGUAUGUUGACAUGUCUUUAAUGAAAGAGAUUUAAGUGUUUAUAAUUUUGGAUUUAUGAUCAAGAUUCUAAGAGUUAAGGGAACAUCGCAGUUUUUUUAAUUUAUUUCCGUUAUAUUUUUAAUCUUCUUUUUCUUGUUAUAAAAUGACAAAAUUGCCUCUUGUUUUAUCUUGAUCUGUUUUGAUCAUUUGAGUAUUAGUAUUAAUGAAGAGCGUGAUUGCAUGUCUAAAAUGAAUGAACUGAUUAUUUGUAUGAAAUGUUAGAAGUUAUUAUUUGUGUGAAAUGUGAUUUCUAUCAAUCACAUUGCUUUUGCUUCAGGUUUUUGUAAGUAUUUUAUUUAACAAAAUGUAUUUAGUUUUACAAUUCUUAACGUUAUUAUUAUUUUUAAACAAAGUUAGUUUCGAUUGAAUAAGAAUAUUGAAGAAAGAAAUGAAAGGUGAGAAAUUGAAUAUGCAUGGGUGUACAUUGCAGAUUUUCGGUAAAUGUCAUUUUUUGUUUUCUGAAUUUCAAUGUCAUGUCAAAUUAUUAAUAUAUCAGUUAAAUGUUAUGUUUAAACUUAAAUGUGUAUGUCUAUGUGUAUUUUUUACCUCUUUUUCUAUUAAUAUCGAUCUUAUUUAAAGUGAUUUUUGAAUUGUUUAUGUGCUAUUUUUUAGGAAGGACUUAUUAUGAUAAAUUAUUUAUUUUACUGAGUUAAUUAUCUCUUUUUUAUUUUUACUGAGAUUAUGUAGGGGUCUUUAUUUUUAUAUUUUACAUUUUUUGAAGUUCAUACUUUUAAAUGUAUUUUAUAAUUGAUCUCAACUGAUUUGGUUUUGUUCAUUAAAAAUCAAUUUCGUUUUUAUUGUUGUGAAAAAGUAAGCUAUCGAAUGCUUACAUUUGUACAAAAUAUGUCCACUGCAUUUUUUAAAUAAAAUGUAAAAAAAUCUG